GUAACUGAAUCAUUAACGUUGGGCAGUCUAGUGCACCAGAUAACUUCUAUUAUUAAAGUUAAUCUUUAAAAUAUAUUAUUGAUCGAUAUUUAAAAUCUUCAACUUAUCUCCUGCCUGAUAUUGACUCAAGUUAAAAAUGUCAGGCACCACUUUCACCCUUGAGAAUCCAGUAUUCCGCACAUUUCUAGGAUAUGCAGCUUUAGUGCUCCUUAAAACAAUGGCCAUGAGUCUUAUUACUACAUAUCAUCGUAUCACCAAAAAGGUGUUUAUUAAUGAAGAAGACGCACUUUUAGCAGGGAAAAAGAUCCAUGUUGUCACCAAUAACCCAACAGUAGAGAGGAUAAGAAGGUGUCACCUGAAUGACCUUGAAAAUGUGAUUCCAUUUGUUCUUCUCGGCCUCCUCUAUGUCACAACAGGACCUGCACUGUCAUCUGCUGCACUUCUCUUCAGGGUUUUCACAGCCAGCCGUUUCUUGCACACUGUUGUUUACAUCUUUGCCAUCCCUAUGCCUUCCAGAGCAGUCUGUUUCCUCGUUGGUUUUCUGGUGAACGUGUGCAUGGCCUACACUAUUCUUUGCAAAGCAGCUUUUUAAUCACUAUAUUAGUGAUUGGUUUUAUGAUACGAGAUGUUACUAGCUUUUAGAAUAUAGAACAAUUUAUGCAUAAUUAUUAAAUAAAUUGUUAUUUAGUAUAAUAAUUUAAUUUGAUUUGUUUUAAUACAAUGAGAAUUGUUCUAACAUUCCAAUACUAUAACAUGUAAAGUAGUUGUUUUUAGUAGUUUGAUGAGGCUCCAUCUUUGUUUACUUAAAUUUAAAAAAAAGGGUAAUCUACUUUACCUUGAUAAAAAGAAAGAU